CCCCCCCUCCCCGCUCCAAACAGGUCCGGGGGAAAACAAACCCUGAGCCGACGUAGCUCACCCCCGGGACUCCCGGCCGGGGUCGCUCUUCACUCCUCUGCGCCUCGUCGCAUCGAGUCCUCAGAGAGCUCCUCAGGGUUGUGGGGGAGGUGAUCUCAUCCAUUAACAGUUAUGUGCUGCCAGUUCCCAAAUCUUUUAUCUAUCUCAGACUUCUCUCCUGCAUUCCAGAUCCUUAUAUUCAACUGCCUAUUGGACAUCUCCCCCAGGAUGUUCUCAAGGCAUAGAGAAUUAAAUUCUGAAUAAGUCUUUAAGUAGGAUGGACAGUUAUUUUAAAGCAGCAGUCAGUGACUUGGACAGACUCCUAGAUGAUUUUGAACAGAAUCCAGAUGAACAAGAUUAUCUCCGAGAUGUGCAAAAUGUAUAUGAUUCUAACCACUGUUCAGUUUCUUCAGAGUUGGCUUCCUCGCUACUACCAAAGGAUCAACAAUGCAUUAAUUGUUGUGCCUCAUCAGAAACAUGCUAUGAAACAAAUCAGAUUUCUCCGAACAAAACACUUGAGGGACUAACUUCUAUACAAAAUGAAAAAAAUGUAACAGGACUUGAUCUGCUUUCUUCUGUGGAUGGUGGCACUUCAGAUGAAAUCCAGCCUCUGUAUAUGGGACGAUGUAGUAAACCUGUCUGUGAUCUGAUAAGUGACAUGGGUAACUUAGUUCAUGUAACAAAUAGUGAAGAAGAUAUUAAACAAUUAUUGCCAGAUGAUUUUAAGUCUAGUGCAGAUUCUUUGAUUGGAUUGGAUUUAUCUUCAGUGUCAGAAACUCUUCAUGCCUCUUCAACAGACCGUGAUAAUAAUACUGUCAGAGAGGAACAGAAUGAUGUCCACUCUGAAUUACAAAAUAGAGAAAUUAGUGGAGCUGAAGAAUUGGGUAUAAAAGUAGAUACAACACCUUCAGAUUCAUGUAAUUACAGCGGAAAAGAGAAUUUAAAGGAUAAAAAGAUUUUUAAUCAGUUAGAACCAGUUGUUGAUGGUUUUAACAUGCCAUCUGCUUUGACUCAACAAAGUUCUAAAAUGUUUGAUACCAAAGACCACCUACAACACAAGAACCAGCCAUGUGAAUUACUAAAAGCUGAUAGCUGUUUGGUGGAAGAUGAAGUAGACGUGGCAGUCAUAGCUGCCACAGAAUGUUUAAAAGAAGGAGACUGCACAAGUACUGUGCCCUGCAGUGUUCCAAAAAAUGAAGAUUUAUACUUAUAUGACUCAAAUUCAAAAGAUGAAAAUUUCAAAUUACCUGACUUUUCCUUUCAGGAAGAUAGGACUGCUGUAUUUGUAAAACAAUCUGCUAAAGAAGACUCAAGAAAUAUAGGUCUUAAAGAUAAUCAAGAUACAAUCCAAGAUUCCUCUCCAGCUUUACAGGUUUCAGAUGAAGAGAUCUAUUCCUCAUUGACCUGUCUUCCAGUACCUGGGUCUUUGUGUGGAUCAUUAAUUGAAAGUAAAGCACAUGGUGAUUGUUUAUCACAGAAUGAACAUAAAGAUAACAUACAAGACACAGUGACAGUCCAUGAAGAAAAACAGAAGAGUGUUAUUCUGGGUGGGGAACCGUUGAAGGAGACUGAUCAUUUGAAACAGGAAAAAUGUGAAAACGUAAUUGAAAAGGUGGGAGAUAGAAAGGAAGAGUCCAACCAGAUGGUAAUCAGAGUUGAAUCUUUGGAUUACCCUGGUAACACAAAGUCUUCUACAGCUACAGAAUCUCAAUUGGAGCUUUCUGGUGCUGAUGCCCCAGAGUUUCCUGAUGGUUGUGAAGGUCUCCCUUUUUUAAGCACUGAAAUCAAUGGGCAAGACUUAGAUUACUUUAAUAUUGAUGAAGGUAUGAAAAGUGGAACACUAAUUAGUGAUGCUGAACUUGAUGCCUUUCUAACUGAACAGUAUCUUCAGACUAGUAACAUAAAAGCCUUUGAAGAAAAUGUGAAUGACUCAAACUCUGAAAUGAAUCAUAUAGAUGUGAAAGGCCUAGAUGAUGGAAAUGUCAGUAACACAUAUUUCAAUGCUGAAACAGGAGCUACUGGGGAAAGUCUUGGUAUUAAUAUGAUUUGUGAAACAGUUGAUAAACAAAAUACAACAGCAAAUGGUGGCCUUUCUUUAGGGGAAAAAAGUACAAUUGCAAAUGAACAAGGGUUACCUAACAAUAAAUCUGAGAUUAUGAGUGAAUUAUCAGUCUCUGAUAUUAAUAGUCAGUCUGUUCAUGUUGGAGGGGCUAGACCUAAGCAAUUGUUUAGCAUUCCAUCAAGACCAGGGAGUUCAAAGGAACCAGGUAAACCAGAUGUUCCAAAUAUCCCUGAAAGUGAACCCAGCACAACAAAUACGAUUGUUCCAACCGCUUGUACUACUGAUUCUACAGCUGAUCCUCAGGUUAGCUUCAACUCUAAUUACAUUGAUAUAGAAAGUAAUUUUGAAGGUGGAUCCACUUUUAUAACUGUGGGUGAAGAAUCUCUACCUGUAAACACUUGCAAAGAAGGCCUGGUUUUGGGCCUAAAACAACCUACUUGGGUUCCUGAUUCAGAAGCUCCAAACUGUAUGAACUGCCAGGUCAAAUUUACUUUUACGAAAAGGCGACACCACUGCCGAGCAUGUGGGAAAGUCUUUUGUGGUGUCUGUUGUAAUAGGAAGUGCAAACUGCAAUAUCUAGAAAAGGAAGCAAGAGUAUGUGUAGUCUGCUUUGAGUCUAUAAGUAAAGCUCAGGCAUUCGAAAGGAUGAUGAGUCCAACUGGUUCUAAUCUUAAAUCUAAUCAUUCUGAUGAAUGUGCCAACAUCCAGCCUCUUCAGGAGAGUCAAACAUCCAGUAUACCUUCACCUACAACUUUACCGAUCUCAGCACUUAAACAACCAAGUGUUGAAGGAUUAUGCUCCAAAGAACAGAAAAGAGUAUGGUUCGCAGAUGGUAUACUGCCCAAUGGUGAGGUUGCAGAUACAACAAAAUUAUCAUCUGGAAGUAAAAGAUGUCCUGAAGACGUUAGUCCUCUCUUGCCUGAUAUGCCCUUGACAGUAAACACAGUGGAUCAUGCCCAUUCUACUGCAGUGGAGAAAGCAAACAAUGAGAUAGGAGAGAUUACAAGUGACAUAAUUCGGAGUCCUAUUUCUCAGGUUCCAUCUGUGGAAAAACUGCCUAUAAACACAGGAACUGAGGGGUUACCUACUUCUUGUUCUUUUACACUAAAUGAUGAUGUUUUUGCAGAAAUUGAGGGACCACCUACUCCUACUGAUGUCUUAGUUCACAGCAAUUUACCUGUUGCUAGUACUUCGGAUUAUAGGUUACUGUGUGAUAUUGACAAGAAUGUCUGCAAUAAGAUUAGUCUUCUACCUAAUGAUGAGGACAGUUUGCCCCCUCUUAUGGUUGCAUCUGGAGAAAAGGGAUCAGUGCCUGUAAUAGAAGAACACCCGUCUCAUGAGCAAAUCAUUUUGCUUCUUGAAAGCAAAAGUUUUCGUCCUGUUACAUUUGUCUUAAAUGCUAAUCUACUUGUGAAUGUCAAGAUAGUAUUUUAUUCCUCAGACAAAUAUUGGUACUUCUCAACCAAUGGAUUGCAUGGCUUGGGACAGGCAGAAAUAAUUAUUCUAUUAUUAUGUUUGCCAAAUGAAGAUGCUAUUCCGACCGACAUCUUCAAACUAUUUAUCACCAUCUAUAAGGAUGCUCUAAAAGGAAAAUACAUAGAAAACUUGGACAAUAUAACUUUUACUGAGAGUUUUCUCAGUAGCAAGGAUCAUGGAGGAUUUCUGUUUAUUACACCUACUUUUCAGAAACUUGAUGAUCUCCUAUUACCAAGUAAUCCUUUUCUUUGUGGAAUUCUUAUCCAGAAGCUAGAGAUUCCCUGGGCAAAGGUUUUUCCUAUGCGUUUAAUGUUGAGACUGGGUGCAGAAUAUAAAGUAUAUCCUGCUCCUCUAACAAGUAUCAGAGGCCGAAAACCUCUUUUUGGAGAAAUAGGACAUACUAUUAUGAACUUACUUGUUGACCUUCGAAAUUACCAGUAUACCUUGCAUACCAUAGACCAGCUAUUGAUUCAUAUGGAAAUGGGGAAGAGCUGCAUAAAAAUACCUCGGAAAAAAUACAAUGAUGUGAUGAAAGUUAUAAAUUCUUCUAAUGAGCAUGUCAUUAGCAUUGGAGCCAGUUUUAGUACUGAAGCAGAUUCUCACCUAGUCUGUAUACAGAAUGAUGGCAUUUAUCAAACACAGGCCAACAGUGCCACUGGCCAUCCUAGAAAAGUGACAGGUGCAAGUUUUGUGGUAUUCAAUGGAGCUCUCAAAACAUCUUCAGGAUUUCUUGCUAAGUCCAGCAUAGUUGAAGAUGGCUUAAUGGUACAAAUAACACCAGAGACCAUGGAUGGCUUGCGACUAGCUCUACGAGAACAGAAAGACUUUAAAAUUACGUGUGGGAAAGUUGAUGCUGUAGACCUCAGAGAAUAUGUGGAUAUCUGCUGGGUAGAUUCUGAAGAGAAAGGAAACAAAGGUGUUAUUAGUUCGGUGGAUGGAAUAUCAUUACAAGGAUUUCCAAGUGAAAAAAUAAAACUGGAAGCAGAUUUUGAAACUGAUGAGAAGACUGUAAAGUGUACUGAGGUGUUCUACUUUCUAAAGGACCAGGAUUUAUCUAUUUCAGCAACUUGUUAUCAGUUUGCAAAAGAAAUAGCCAUGGCUUGUAGUGCUGCACUGUGUCCUCACCUGAAAACUCUGAAGAGUAAUGGGAUGAAUAAAAUUGGUCUCAGAGUUUCCACUGAUACUGAUAUGGUUGAAUUUCAGGCAGGAUCUGAUGGCCGACUUCUUCCUCAGCAUUAUUUAAAUGAUCUUGAUAGUGCUCUAAUCCCUGUACUCCAUGGUGGGACCUCCAGCUCUACUAGUUUACCAUUAGAAAUAGAAUUAGUAUUUUUCAUUAUAGAAAAUCUUUUUUAGUGAAAGAUAUGAGUAAUAUUAUAUAUUGCAAAGUAAUUUGUUAAAACUAAAUCCACUAAAACUGAAAUGCCACAGACACUAAAAGUAAAGAUUUGCUGUUUGAAACAUGUAAGUUUUGCUUUUUAGGUAGGAAAUGAUCUUUUUAAAUCAUUAGCACAAUAUUUAAAUCUCUAAAAAUUUAAGAGACCCACAGUUUUUGAAGCUCUGACUUAAUACAAGUUCUAUAAAGACAAAGAUUUUUUCUGUCUUUAAUAAAUUUGUAGCAUUUACUGUGUUAUUUAAAUGCAAAGCCAAAGUAUCUGCACUUAUGUAUACCUCUUUAUGCCAAGAAUGAUUUUAAUGAAGGCUCUUUUCAGAUGUAACCUUAUGAGGGAAAUAGCUGUUACAUAUGCCAGUUACAUUGCUGGCUUCUAGAGUCUGUUAAAAAUGAAUUUCAAUGGCACAGUUUCCAGAUCUUAGUCUUAUAAUUCUUUGAAUAAGGCAGAUAACGUAUUUGUAUAAUUGGAGUGGAGACCUACCUCCAUGAUUAGAUAAACUCUGAUUAUUUGGAUCAAAA